GGAAAAGAAGUUGCUGAACUUCGAGGAGCAGAAGCUGUCGUUGAAGCUUUUCGGGGGUCCGGAGCAGUGGGAGACGAAGAAAGUCUUGGACAAGUGGCUAGCCACAGACAAGGACGCCCCAGAGGAGGAGAACUGCGCUCCGCAGCACCGGGUCAGCGUCGAGGAUCCUCGGUACGAGAGGUACAGGGAGAUGCGUGACAGCUUGGACAACUUGCAGGAGAGCGAUUUGCUUGACGAACAGAAGCCAGACCGGGACUUGACGCCCUUGGAGCAGGAGGAGGCGCGGGGUCGCUUGAAAAACCCGAAGGCGAUGCAGGAAGCGGCCCUGGGCCGCAUAGGGACGAUGACCUCCAGCAACGGACUGGCGGACGCGGACGAGCGCUUCAACAGCGAAGGCGCGCUACGCACGCUCAAGGUCUCGAUUUUGCCGCGCCGCAAGGGCACGACGCUGCCGGACUUUUGCCCCUACGGCGAGGAGAUGCGAACCAGUCUGGCGAAAGCCCUGGGCGUGGACGAGAAGCGCGUCUUUAUGCCGCAGGACGGCAACGCCGUGAACCGGGACGGCAAACGCAUUUCGGCGCAGUACGCGAUCAAAGAAAAGGUGAUCACCCGGGAGCCCCCGACCGAAGAUCCGCAGGCGGAUGUGUGCACCGGGUUACUGGACAAGAUCGCGUCGAUGGAGGUCCCGGAAUCGCCAACGCCCGCCCACAUCGAUAAGGUUUUCCGCAGCAAUCGCCCGGCCGAGAUGGUGGCGCGGGGCCUGGUGGGUGACGGCACGAGCGACUGCUUCCACCACGUGCGCGCGCACGUGGACCCGCGCGGGUUCGAGACCCGCGCGUGGGUCGAGCUUCGGGUGCCGCGUCUGGAGGUGAUCCAGGACGGUCACGGAGGGGUGAUCAAAACCGGGGAUUUGGUGGAGAUUGGCGACGAAAAGGAUCUUGCCAUGCGGUUUCCGUUCCGCAACGGAAAGUUUGCGGGCACGACGGAUGCGCAACCAUUUGUGCCUAGCGAGGAGGUGGACGAAAACGGAAAGCGCCGGAGCAACAUAGCCGACACCGGAUCGGCAGAAGACAGCACGUUUUUACGCGUGUGGCCUGAGAAGGAGGGCAAGAUCGACGAGAGCCUUCCGCCCGCGCUCGUACCUGCGAGGCUUGUCUUCAAACACAAGACCACGGGGCUGCGCAAGCAGGAUCUAGCGCAACUGUACGUUUUGCCGGAGGACUUCGCGACGCAUGAGUCCGAGGGAGGUGCUGAG